AUGAACUGGAAAAACAGACUGCGCCGAGUGGAAGAGGAUGCCGAUGACGACGGGAACGGUGAAGAGAACGACGACGACGACGACGAGGAUGACAAUUACAAUUGCGAGGGAGUCUUGAACGCUGGACUUGCGGAAUUUCGACUACUGCGAAGAAACUCUGCUGAGUACGCUUUAGACGCAAAACUACUAACAAAACCGAAAGACGGUGGCGAGCAGGAAAGUGCCAGAGGGAGAACGGGGACGGGGGAUAAAGGUGGUGGUGUACGGGGAAAUAGCAAGAGGGUUGGUGUGAGGUUUUGGGAUGCGGAGGAGGAGGAGGAAGAGGGCGGGGUGGUGAUGGUGGUGGUGAUUAGUUGCAGUGUUUUGGAAAACAAUGCGCAGAAUUUCGACGGCGAUAAAUAA